AUGCCUCAGUUAUGCGAGAACACUGGCAGUGCAGCACGCGAUUUUGCAAUGCUCGAGCGAAAUCUGCUUAGCCAUCUCCGUCUCGCGGCACUGCUCUUGCUGCUGGCUGCAUCUAUCCUCCUCAACGCACGUCUGCCAUCGUCAUCUGAUCCGUCUGGAGACACACCACAUUCCUCAGGUCGCAUUCCACUUGCUUCAAUUGAAGUUGCUGCCGCCGUCGUGGCUAUCGGGGCUGGUAUAUGGGAGUACCGCCGAGGAUAUCAGGAAAUGCAGGACAUGAAAGGGUUCCUAACGGCAGUCAAGCCCCAUUUCUAUGUCAUGAGUGCUGUAGCGGUGGUUGUGUUCACAACCUGCAUUAUCCUCAUAAGCGACUCAGGAAUAUAG